AUGUCCUCGAGCGCAUCGGGCGGGACAAGCAACCUCGUCAGCGUAUCAGCACACCUGCAUCUCGCCCCGCCAUACGCAGCACCACCGCCAAACGACUCGCUCGCCGCGCCAGCUCCCCCGACCAAGCCAGCUCCUCCGAACCCCUCGUCCACGAGCAGCAUCACCCCUUUCCAGCCAGACGAACUCAGGCAGCUUGUCCUCGACUAUUUGACAAACUCGUGCUACGUCGACACGGCGACUGCGUUCGCGAGAGAGCUGGCAGAGGCGUCGGCGCAAGCGGAUUCAAGUGGGGGAGACGGUUCAGGGAAGUCAGACUCGGUGGAAGGACCUACAGGCGAAGCGAACGGCGCGGGAGCAGUAGAUGGUACAGUCGAGGCGAUGGAAGGAGUCGAGGCGACGCCGGAACCUUUCGCAGGAUCCGUCGAUGCGGACGGCGGCUUGGAUGGCGCUUUAGCAACCGUCGCCAACGGAUCAGGGAAGAACGUCGCCUUCUUGGAGGACGGAACGUGUGAGGCAGAUGACGAUGCAGACUUGCCAGAAGGCGCUCUGCUGACGAAGGAUGACUUGCGGGAUCUGCGGAUACGGCGGAACAUCCGCGACGCCAUCUUGAGCGGGCGCGUCACCCAUGCGGUCGACCUUUUGAACGACCACUUCCCUUCCGUCCUCGCGCCUUCUUCCGCCUCUUCCUCCGAUCCAGCUUCUUCGCCUUCCAAACUCGCGCCAACACAUCCUCUCUCACCGAAGCAGUCUCGGUGUACCCCGCAAACCUUCUUCGUCGCUUCCCAGCCUACGCCCGCAUCCACCCUCGUCUCUCCCGAUCCCUCGCCCUCGCCUGUCCCGAUCACUGGCGCUCGCUUCGGCUCAUGGGCGCUCUCGCUCUCGCCCGAAACCCUCUCUCUUAAUCUCCAAACGCAAGCCUUCAUCGAACUCAUGCGUACGGCCCACGCGACUUCGGCCGUCUCGACUCCUUCGACACCCACCUCGUCCGUCUACGGCGGUUUCGGCGGCUCGGCGACGAACGGCGACGCCCAGUCGGACGCCGACAUGUCAGCGUCGACCUCGUCUCUCGGCUCGUCGUCCAUCUUGAAUGUCGCGAUCGCCCAGUCGCAAGCGCUGCGGGAAAAGGUUCUCAAGCUGCCGCUGGGGAAGGAGCGUGAAGGCUGGGAGCGGGAGAGCAUCGAUGUGUGCGGCCUAUUGGCGUACAAGGACUUGACGACGUGCCCGGUAAAGGGGUACUUGGCGCAGUCGAGGCGGGAGACGCUCGCUGAGAUGGUCAAUGCGGCGAUCCUGCAACAUACGCUCCGGACACCUCUCCCGCUCAUCUCGCUCGCCGCUCGACAAGCGACCGCCUGCUGGACGACCCUGCGCGAGAUGAACGUCAUCUUCCCGCCUCAGACCGGCUCGUCGAGUAGCAAGGACGGCUCAAACGGCAAGACCAAGCCGCCAAAGACCUACCCUACCUUCGACCUGCAUUCCUUCUUGCACGAACAGACAGCACCGCCUUCCGCCGACGCCAGCAUGGCCGAUUGA